AGAUCGAGGACAUGUCCCCCAGACAGUCCCGGGUCUUCACAGCAGACACAAUGCAGCGUGUGUCCUGUCGGGCCCCGCAUGGAAAGCCCCAGCCCGAGGUGUGGUGGGAGCGGGAAGGGGUGCGCGUCCCCACGGAGGGCCGGGUGUACCAGGAGGGGAGUGAGCUGGUCUUCAGCCCCACCGAGCAGGGCGACUCGGGCUCCUACACCUGCGUGGCCCAGAACAAGGCGGGCCGCAAGACCCAGGACCUGACCUUCACAGUGGCCAGUGAGUCAGACCAAUAUCUCCUGACCUAUUACAUCAUGGCUAGGGCCAGGAGGUGUCCUGAUCAUGGAAAACUCUGGUCCCUAUUAUAGGGUUGUCCUUUAGUCAUGAUUGGUCCAUUAUUUUUCUUCCCACGGGGGGCCAGUAUGAAAAAUAAAAAAAUAAUGUAUGCACUAACUAACUGUAAGUCGCUCUGGAUAAGAGCGUCUGCUAAAUGACUAAAAUGUAAAAUGUAAAAUGUAAGCAAGGGGUACAUUUGGGAUUCAGCAUGAUUGACACUGGCUUCUACUAGACUAAUAAUAAUUCAUUUGUGUGUGUGAUUCAGCUGCCCCAGUGUGGGUAACCAAGCCCCAGGACAGCUACCUGGAGGAGGGAAGACCAGGCUACCUCCACUGCCACGCCCAGGCUACCCCUGAGCCUGAGGUCACCUGGCUCCGAAACAACAUUAUAGUCAUGCCUGAGGUCAGUAGCUCUUUCUCUUUCUCUCUCUCAUUAUCUCUCUCACACACACACACCACUUAUUUUGACCAGGGCCCAUAGGACUCUGUUUAUGUUAGUAUGGUAAGGAUCAGGAUUGAACUGUUGACCUUACACGCUAAUGACUUCCAGUUAGGAGCUGCACGUACUGUAUCUAGGCUAUUCCUCUCCAUCCUCUACCCUUCUCCCUCUCUUCUCCAUCAGGACUCACGCUUUACAGUGUUCCCCAAUGGUACCCUGCGCAUCAACAAUGUGGAGGUGUAUGAUGGUCAGAUGUAUGGCUGUGAGAGCAAGACAGAGGGAGGCAGGCUGUCUGGACACGCCAGAGUCUAUGUACUGGGUGAGCUGGAAUUACCUGGUGUGUGUGUGUGUGUGUGUGUGUGUGUGUGUGUGUGUGCAUGUGCGCGGGUGUGUGUGUGUGAUCAGUCAGUUUAACCUUAGAUCCUGAUACCCUUGUCUUCCUUCAUUCAGCCAUGUGAAUGUAUGUGCUUGCAUCUGCAUCUUUUUAAAUGUGUCUGAACAUGCUGUGAAUAGCUUUGAAUAGUGUACCAUGGCACUGAGGCACUCUCUCUUUAGCCUGGUCCCAGAUCUGUUUGUACUGUCUUGCCAACUCCUAUGGAUGGUCACUGUUAUACAGCACAAACAGAUCUGGGACCAGGCUAAUCUCUCUUAGCUGUGUGUUUAAUAUGGUGUUUUACCUUUGACCUGUGGGUUCCAGAGAAGCUGAAGUUCACCCCUACGCCCCAACCGUCCCAGUGCCUGGAGCUGGACAAGGAGGUCAACAUCCAGUGUUCUGCUACAGGCAGAGAGACCCCCAUCAUCAAAUGGACCAAAGCAGGUGAGUGCAGGGUGGUCCUACUCAGUGCUAGAGCACAAUAUCCUAGAUGCCAUCUGCUGUCGUUGUGCCUUUGAGCAAGGCACUUAACCCUUAAACUGCUCUAGGGGUGCAGCAAUGUGACUGACCCGGUGUUCCAACCUCUCCGUGGGUGUUUGUGUAUGUUUCAGAGGGUUGAGAUGAAGCCAUUGUCACAGGUCACAGAGAUGAAAAAAGACAAAUAUCUGUGUCCUUUGACAAUAUACAAUAAAGUAAUCAAUCUAUCUUCUUAUAAUAUCAGAUUAUGGAUAAUUUAGAAUACAGAAUCAUUAGAGAAGGAAAUGAAUUGUAGAUUGAAUCUGAUGAAUUACAUUUGAUAAUUUCCCUUCAUUUGUAUUGCCUAUGUUAGAUAAGAUCACUUCAUCCAUUACACUUAUAGCUGAUUCACACUAUUGAGCCGAGCACAGUAUGGUUCUGGACAGCACGAAAGUGGGGAAAGAAUAUCACAGUACUGUAGGUUCUCAGCCCUCGUUGAUCUCCUCUCUGACCCUCUGUCACCCACUACAGACAGUGGAGAGCUGCCUCCUCAUGUAGAGAUGAGGAACGGCCAGCUCCACUUCCCCAAAGUGACGCGCAGCGACGCAGGAAAUUACACCUGUAUCGCCUCCAACAACCUACAGGGGGAGAUCAGG